AUGCCGACACAUAGCUGUCAGUGCUGCUGUUUUCCCCACGGAACUAAAGGCCACCUGUUGGAUUCCUUUGCCCGUGCGGCUCUGUGGGAGUCGGGGCUGGACUACCUUCACGGUACGGGCCACGGCGUGGGCUGCUUCCUCAACGUCCACGAGGGGCCGUGCGGCAUCAGCUACAAGACCUUCGCCGAUGAACCCCUGGAGGCCGGCAUGAUCGUCAGUGACGAACCUGGGUACUAUGAAGAUGGAGCUUUUGGCAUUCGUCUUGAAAACGUGGUCCUUGUCGUACCGGCCAAGACCAAAUACAACUACAGAAACCGAGGUAGCCUGACAUUUGAGCCCCUCACUCUGGUUCCUAUCCAAGUCAAGAUGAUGAGCAUCGAGCUGCUCACUCAGAAGGAGCGUGACUGGGUGAAUGAGUACAACAGGAAGUGCCGUGACGUGAUUGGAGCAGAGAUGGAGAGGCAAGGCAGCAAGGAGGGACUUGAGUGGCUGAUCAGAGAGAGCCAGCCAAUCGUCUGAGGACGUGACUCCCAGGAGCACCUUGUGAUGAAUUGCUCCGCGUGAUACCCGUUGUAUUCUCAUCUUUCUCAGUGUCUCACACUUGGCUUCUUUUGUAAAGCACGUUGUAUCGGCAGUUUUAUUAAAGAUCAUUUUAAGAAAAAUCAAGAAAGAACUUUCAAAUGUUGCUACUUUGUGUCAAAUGAGCUUUUCUUGGAUUACUACUAGUUUAAUGUUCAGGCGUUUAAGAGUAUUCAGAUGAGGAAGAAACUUUCUUAUGAUGUAACAAAUAUAAAGUGAAGAAAGUAAAUCCCAAAAGAGCAUAACAUCAGUAUGUACAGUAUUAAAGACUAUCCCUUAUUGACCCUCUAUUUCACUAGAACCAUAAUCCUGUAUUUACAUUUUACUCCUUCAAAAUAAAAAGGCACCCUGUGUGUUCUGUUCACAGUCA